AUGAGCACAGCCCUGACUCCUGAGCUGUGCUGCAUCGCAGCGAUCAAAGCUGCACUGGCAACGCAGGAGAUGGAAGAGGACGUAACCAGCUCGGAAAACUUCCGAGGCGAGACUUGUCGACAAGGCCGAGACGACGAUGUACUCAUCGAUGCAGAGGCAAGAACGCUCGAAGCGGACACAAGAAAAGUCAACCUCGAGCCGUCAAACGCCGAGGAAAAGCCAGAUGAUAUCGAAAUCUUGCCCUCAGAUCCGAGGCGGCAACAGGUGGAAGACGAGCUGUCGCCACUCAUCACAACGCCUUCGCCUCCACCUCAGCAAUAUUCUCCAGUGACAACUCUACCUGCGGCAACGUGCUCCCAGCAGCCGCAUAUUAGUCAUAACGACGAGGCUAGUGGCGGCUCUUACCGACCAGGUAAGCGGAGAGCGCCAAAGCUGAAGGACCUGCUGCGUCCCAAGAGCCAAAAGGAGAUCGACUCGUGGAAAACGUUGCCUUGGUGUCGGGACCGGCCAACGUCAACCUAUGCCGUUGCGAUCCAAGAUUACCAUAAGGCUGCAGGUCGCGCAAGUAGGGAGAGGAAGAAGCUGAAGAAGCUCGGUCUUUCUUAUGAACACAUUUCAGUCCCUCGCUUCCAAGAAAUCCUCGCAUCACGAGGCCUGGGCUCGAUUCCUGGCUCAGAGCAGAAGGCCCGCGCUGACGACGAUAUCGCCUUUGCCCAGGCUUACCGAGACUAUCGAAAUGCACAAGCUCGAGCGAGCCAGGAGCGAAGCAGACUGCGGAAAGCCGGGAUUCCUUGUGACCAUGUUGUCGCACCUAGCCUUGCUCAGAUUCUCGCUUCUCGAGGUAUCAAAGAUCCCCGCAAGAAGUCGAGCCAACGGGACAACAAUGUCGGGUCAAAUUCAUCACGAGCCCAUGGUCAAGGUCGCUCUAGCUCUCAAGACGACAACAACGACUACGCCAACAACCACGAUCUCGACCACGACGAGGCCAAGAGCAAUGCCCCGUCAACUUGCAGUCCAGAGGAAGACGAACUCGAAGACGAUUCGGAUUCUGAUACCGACUCGGACUGCUCCAAGACACUAUCUAUCUCCUUGACCGAGAUGCGCAGCUCAGGUUUGCCAAAUGUCCAGAGUGACUUUGAAAGGAACAAAGAGAUGCUGUUUCGGCUUGCUGGGAUGGGAGAAGAUGAUCUCACAACAAGGCGCAGCGAUAUAGAAGAGCCUGGAAAUCGAAGAAAGGGCACAACUAGUGACACCGAGCGUGACAUCAAAAGGCAGCGAUGCGACUCUUGCGAAACAGAUCAUGUUUCAGGAUCAGCGACGCAGGACGACACAGGUUUCGCAGCACACACGAAUCCACAGCACACCUUUCAUUGCGACCUAACGCUUCGCCCACUGCUUCCCCUUCCCCCCACCCCAACGCCAUCCACAUCGUCACUCCCGCCACCUAGCGGAACCGAGCGCUGGCCGUCUCGCUACAUUCCCUCCGCCUCUCCGCUUCCGACUCCAUCCGCUUCGCUAGCGCCAUCGGUAAGGCAUGCGAUGCUCAACGACGCCGUCACGCUCGCCUGCAUCAUCGACUCGAUCAACUCACGCUUGGGCGAAGCACAGAAAUGCUUCGACCGACUGCAGGCUAGCCUCGCCGGCACGGGCAUGGUCGAGUCGACUCAUCUCUCGGAAUGGAAGGCGGAGUAUAAGGUGGCUAUGACCCAAACGGAGAGCUGCGUGGACGGAUAG